AUGUACGACUACAGAACAAUCUUUCCCCGCAUGCCUCAGACGGUCACGAUCGGUGACGUGACCAUACGUGACGGGUUUCAGAGUCAGGAGAAGCGGGUCUCAACAGAGGCAAAAAUCUUCUAUCUUUCAGAAUUGGUUUUUGCAGGCUGCAAACACAUUGAAGUUACCAAUCUUGGCAAUCCUCACCUCAUGCCUCAGUUUGAUGAUUUUGAGGCGCUCCUGACUUACGCCCGCAGUGAUCUCUUUAAAGAUCGCUGCCUGCGUCGAGGAAUAAAUUACGACGAGAUUUGCUUUACGGCUGUGACCAUUCGCGAAUCAGCCGUAGACCAGGCUGUUCAGCUUUGUGAAAAAGGUAUCGGCCCGGAUCGGCUUCUCAUGAUGACCUCGACAGAAGAGGAGCAUCAUUAUGUGAACUCCGGAACAACUAUUAAAGAGUAUUGGAAAGAGGCGGAGCGAAGCAUCAGGAAAUGCAACGAUGCGGGAAUGGUCAUGUGCGGCACAGUAAGCACCAUAUGGGGUAGCCCGGUCGGCGGACCUACCGAUAUGAAAGACGCGAUCGAAUUUACAAAGCAUUGGCUUGAUAUCGGUGCUCAUGAUAUUGAGCACAGCGACCAUGACGGGAGUGGCACUGCACCGGAGAUAUUUAAAUAUUUCUCCGAGGUGCUUGAUGCUUUUCCCGAUCCAAAGCUUCACAUAGCGCACUUCCAUGAGACAAAGCGGAUCGGCUCCGCUUCGGUUCUUGCGGCCUUGCAGGCCGGUAUCAGUCGCUUUGAGGCCUCUCUCGGUGGAAUUGCCGGGCAGCCGGUCAAUUUUUUCGAAGAUCGCCCGGUGCCUGGCACCGGCAAGUACUAUCACGUCAGCCCGGGAAUCGUCCCGCUGGAAGACUUGCUCGUGCAGGUGGAUGAGAUGGGCAUUGGACAUGGCUAUGACAUUGAUCGAGUGCUCUGGCUGGGGCAACAGAUGGAGAGAACACUGGGGCGCCGCUUGCGCUCAAACGCCAUCAAGAAUGGACGUACCCUCAAGGCGGGAGACAUGAGUUUGGCGCGACCGGGGCUUCAGGAGCGCAAGCGAAAACUGGGUGAGGUUUAA